AUGGCGGAAAAUGUUCGAGUUAUAUGUCGCAUUCGUCCCCUCAAUUUGGAGGAGAUAUCGGGGCAGAAGGGCAUCUGUCUCACCUGCCUCUCUCCCACCACCGUCUCCAUUGGGACAAGGGUAUACACCUAUGACGCCGUUCUUGAUCGUGUCACCCAGGAGGAGGCCUAUGAAGCAAUCGGCAAACCCCUUAUUGACUACGUAAUCGGUGGAUAUAAUGGAACGAUCUUCGUGUAUGGUCAAACCUCCAGUGGGAAAACGUACACAAUGGAGGGCGAAUUGCAGUACAUAGAGCUAUUUGGAGUGAUUCCACGAAUCCUAGGCGACAUCUUCAAUCGAAUUCAGACAAUGCGCACAACAUUUGAGGUCAGACUGAAGGUCUCCUACAUGGAACUAUACAUGGAGAAGGUGAAAGAUUUGCUCAAUCCAUCGAAGAAGAAUUUGGUCAUUUGUGAGGACUCGAAGAAACGGACUUUCGUAAAGAUCAAGCAUUAA